AUGCUGCUGCUGCUGCUCGUGGCCAUCCCGCUGCUGGUGCACGGCUCCAAGGCGGCCGCGCACUACGAGAUGCUGGGCAGCUGCCGCAUGGUCUGCGACCCCUACCCCGAGCUGCCCCCGGCCGCCGCCGCCUCCCCGCCGCCCUUCCUGCCCGGGGCUAAGGGCGAGCCGGGCCGCAAGGGCCGCUCCGGGCUCCGCGGGCCGCCGGGGCCGCCGGGGCCGCGGGGACCCCCGGGGGAACCGGGCCGGCCGGGCCCGCCGGGACCUCCGGGGCCGGGCCCGGGCGGGUACAUCCCGUCCUUCUACAGCCCCAAAAUCGCUUUCUACGCCGGCCUGAGGAAGCCGCACGAGGGCUACGAGGUGCUGCGCUUCGACGAUGUGGUGACCAACGUGGGCAACUACUACGAGCCCUCGAGCGGCAAAUUCACCUGCCCCCUGCCCGGCAUCUACUUCUUCACCUACCACGUCCUGAUGCGCGGCGGGGACGGCACCAGCAUGUGGGCCGACCUGAUGAAGAACGGGCAGGUGCGUGCCAGCGCCAUCGCCCAGGACGCCGACCAGAACUACGACUACGCCAGCAACAGCGUCAUCCUGCACCUGGACGUGGGCGACGAGGUGUUCGUCAAGCUGGACGGGGGCAAAGUGCACGGGGGCAACACCAACAAAUACAGCACCUUCUCGGGCUUCAUCAUCUACCCCGACUGAAACCGGGACCCCCGGGACACCCCAAUAACCGGGACCCCCCAAAUACAGCACCUUCUCGGGCUUCAUCAUCUACCCCGACUGAGCCCGGGACCCCCGGGACACCCCAAUAACCGGGACCCCCAAAUACAGCACCUUCUCUGGCUUCAUCAUCUACCCCGACUGACCCCCCAAAUUCCAGAACCUUCUCUGGCCUCAUCAUCUACCCCGACUGACCCCGGGACCCCCGGGACACCCCAAUAACCGGGACCCCCAAAUACAGCACCUUCUCGGGCUUC